AUGGAGGACAUAUUGCCUGGACCGAGCAGUCGGGUGGUUAUCACUGACAAUGCUUACCAUGUCAGUGAUGAUGUAUGGAGAGGUACAGAUAGGGGGCCUCUAGAGUGCUUUGGUGCGAGCCGUCUACUUCAUAUUUGGGUUCUGUCUGAGGCACAGAAGGAGUUGUUGCACGCCGUGGGAUUCGGACUGUUUGCUAACCAGGAUGUGGGGGUACAGAAUGACACGGCAUUAGUCUCUGCACUCGUGGAGCGGUGGAGGCCUGAGACCAACACCUUCUUCAUGCGCCAGGGUGAGAUGACUAUUACUCUGCAGGAUGUGAGUUAUAUUUUGGGGCUGCCUAUUCUUGGGCAAGCCUUGGGAGGGCCAGCCAUACAGUGCCCGGCCUCGUGGUUUCGGAGAUUUUGGUUCAAGGAACUGAGUGAUGAAGAUUAUGAGGCUGGUUGGAAUAAGUCAGGCAUCAAGUUCACAUGGCUUUAUCAGAGAUAUGGACGGGCAGGUGUGGAGGGUGACCCUGAGCGGAUUGCAAUUCACACGCAGGCUUAUCUUAUGCUGGUUGUUGGGGCUGUUCUGUUCCCUACGAGGAGUAGGAGUGUUGUUCACCCGAGGUACAUUGGGCUCCUUCGUGAUAUUUCACAGAUUCAUACGUACUCCUGGGGUUCUGGUGUCUUGGCAUAUCUGUAUAGGGCUUUGGGGAUGGCUGUCAGGAAAGUCGAUGGUGAGGGGUUUCGUCCAUGCUAA